ACUAAAGAGCCCAAUAAUAUUGUAAGGGUCAGCAGUCAGCUACUAUCCUCUCUUCCAUUUUCUCUCUCCUCCAUUGAAGCGCACUCAGAGUUCUCCAUUGAAGUGCAACUUCAGAGUUUUCCAUUAAAACACUCAGAGUUCUCCAUUGAAGCCGCGCACUCAGAGUCUCAGGGCAAAACAAUUAUUAUGGAUGAUGAUACUACUACUACUACUUCUACGGCACGUGAUGAUGGAUAUAAUGAAUACAUCACUCUGCAACGAAAGAGAAAGAAGAGGUCUAAAGUUUGGAGAGAGCUUAUUGAAGGGAAGAAUGUUCAAGGUGAGAGAAUUGCUAAAUGUGUACAUUGUAAUUCUAUUUUAUCUGCACAUCGUGAUAGUGGUACAUCUCAUUUGAAGCGUCAUUUAGAGAGGUGUGCAAAUAGGCCUCUAGGACUUACAUUUGAGGAAGAUAGUGAUGAAGAAAAUUUUGUUUUUGACAUGAAUGAACUUCGAAAAGUGAUUCUUAAUUUCAUUGUUAAGGGAGAUCAUUCAUUCACUAUGGUUGAAGAACAAGGAUUUAGGAGAAUGAUGAAAAGAGCUACUCCUAAGUUUAAACCAUUUGGCCGUGCAAUCACAAAGAGAUUUAUUGAAGGCUUAUGUAUUGGAGAGGGAUAAUUGAAAAAUUUCUUGUCUAAUGUUUCUGGUAGAAUUUGUUUAACAACCGAUAAUUGGAAAUCAAAUCAUACUAGACAACAUUUCAUUUGUGUCACUUCUCACUUUGUUGAUGAUUUUUGGAAACUCCGUAAAAAAAUUCUUAGGUUUAGGGCCUUAGCUCCUCCAUAUGAUGGGGUAAGUAUUGCUAAUGAGAUUUGUAUGUUUCUUUGCCAAUGGAAAUUAGAUGAUAGGAUACUCUCUAUCACCGUUGAUAAUGCAACUUAUAAUGAUGCAAUGAUAUCUUGUUUGAAGAGACGUCUUGUUCCUAGAGGAGGGUUAAGUUGUGGUGAGACAUUGUUUCAUGUGCGGUGUUGUGCCCAUAUUAUUAAUCUUAUUGUGCAAAAAGGAUUGACUUGUGUUAGUGGAAUUUUGGACAAAAUUCGUUCAUUUAUAAGGUUGAUCAUUAAAUCUUCUCAUAGAAGUGAAGAAUUCUAUGAUUGUGCGGAGAAGAUAUUUCACCUUGAUGUAAAAAGGAAAUUGAACCUUGAUAUGCAUGUUCGUUGGAAUUCCACGUAUAAAAUGCUUGGCACUUCUCUGUACUUCAAAGAUGUUUAUCUUCACUUGUGAUCUAGUCAUGCUUCAUUUCAAUCAUAUAUUCCUUUAGAGGAUGAGUGGGAAAAAGUAAGCGUGAUUCACAAUUUUUUGGAGUUGUUUUAUGAGGUUACUUGUAUGUUUUCGGCGGUGAAUUAUCCUACUUCUAAUGUGUAUUUUAAAGGUGCAUGGAUAGUGCAUCGCCAUUUGCUUGAGGCGGAGAAAGGUCCUUAUGAUUAUUUAAAGGAAAUGGUGAAACCAAUGCUUGAAAAAUUUGACAAGUAUUGGUCGGAUUACAAUUUUUACUUGUCAUGUGCCGCCAUUCUUGAUCCGAGGUACAAAGUGAAAUUUGUGGAAUAUUUUUUUAGUAAGUUAUAUGGAAGUGUAGAGGUCUCAAGACGAAUAAACUUGGUGUUGGGAACUAUGAAGUCAAUGUUUGAGGACUAUAAGUUGCAAUAUGCUAGUAGUUCACCCAUUGUAGUUGCUCCUUCUCCUCCUAGUACUUCCGGAGCUAGAAACUACUUUGAUGAUUAUGACCAUUUUGUCGGUACUAGUGCAAGAUCUCAAGUAGGAAAGUCACAACUUGAGAUGUACCUAGAUGAUGAUGCUUUAGAUCUCAAUUCACAAUUAGAUAUUUUGGAGUUUUGGCAUCAAAGUUCUGUGAGGUAUCUUGUGGUAUCUAAGAUGGCACGGGAUUUGUUGACUAUUCCUGUAAGUACUGUAGCUUCGGAGUCUGCUUUUAGUAUUGGAGGAAAGAUUGUUUCGGCAUCGCGAAGUUCAUUAAAGUCAAAAACAAUUCAAGCUUUAGUAUGUAUGCAAGAUUGGCAUCGUGAUAGCAAUCAAGUGGAGGUUGAUAGUGAACUUGAAGAUGAAAUCAUUGAAGAAGAAGAGAAUGAUGAUGCAGACCCUUUCUACUAGGUAAUAUUCUCCUGUUCAUUUCUCUACUAAUAAUUCUGUUUUUUUAGUCACAUUACAUUAGAGUAGUAAAGAUUUGCUUGGCAGUGAUUUGCGCUCUGCUGGCUGUUUCUGUCCUUGCUGGGUGCAACUAAUGUCUGGCUUCUGUUUUUUUUUUUUUUUUUCUACUGGGGGCUGCUGGCUGUUUUAUUCAUAUGAAUGUUCUCCUGAAGUUUACAGAGAAAGAUUUUGCUGUCAGGAAGUUUACAGAGAAAGCAUUACAGAAAGUUGGUACUUCAACUUCACCUAGAUAAAAAUAAGUUUGUUGGUGCUGAGGGUGCUUUUCAACUUGUGACAGAAGCUUUUAGUUUGUUAUCUGACAAAGCUAAGAGAUCUCUUUAUAUCAUCUGUUAGUUGAGUUCAGCACUUUAGGAUUGAUUUAGUAGUUUUUUCUAGUUUCAAAUGUUUAUGAAUCAGAGACUUAUGUAGAAAUAAAAACAAUGCAAUAAUAAGAUAUUUUGUAGAUUUCAUCAGCUUUUAGUGAUUUCUUACAUUUCAAUUUGUUCAACUUUCUCAAGAACUCAAUGUAAAUUCAUCCAUAAAUAUUGCUUGAUUAAGUAUUGAGUCAGAGUUGGAAUUUACACUACAAUUCAAGUUCCUUAAGCAAUCUUGGUAAUUUUGCCCAAAAGGUUAAUGGCCCGUUUUACUUUUACCUCGACCCUGACCCGCAUUGACCCUGACCCGACCCUGACCCGCUAAAUAGUCAUCAUGACCCACAACCGACCCACCCCGCUAAUGACCCGCACCGACCCUCCCAAUAACCACCCCUACUUACGACUAUUACAUAGAGAUACUUCAUCUCAAACUUAUAGAUACAUCAAUCUAAUAUAGUAGCAGGAAAUUAAAGUGUUCUA